AUGGCUGAGACUGUCAGAAUAUCCGCGCGAAGUAACCAUGGCUGUUGGACAUGUCGCCUCCGCAAAAAGAAAUGCGAUGAGAAUCGCCCUGUGUGUUCAGCUUGCAUUUCUCUCGAAUUGGAGUGUCAUGGAUACGGCCCGAGGCCUGGAUGGAUGGAUAAUGGCGUACUGCAAAGAGAUCAGGCCUCCAAAUUCAAACGUCUAGUUAGUCAGGCUAAGUCGAAAAAGGGAAGGCGACAGCAACUUCUCGCCAAUCAGUCACCACUGGUUUCAACAAUUGGCAUGAGGUCUGCAACCGCCAGGAAUAUAUCCUCGCCAGCGGCUGUUUCGCAACAUUUUUUCGAUGAACAACUCGGGGCUUUUCCUCAAGACGAGUUCAAUUAUCCAGAUAGUGGGAUAGGGUCCAGUAACUCUAUUGACACACUAUGGACAUAUUGGCCUCCAAACGACCUUUCUAUCAUGGAUGAUGCUUCGUUGGAUUUAGAGGGCUACAGCUCUACCUAUACUACCUGUCAGAAUCAACACUCGGCACCGCCUUUAGUAUCGCCCAUGGCUUUCGAAAACAUCGUAUCUGGAAUGGACAUUCAAUCUCCAAUCGAUCAGAGUACCAGCUCCUCGUUGAAUGAAUUACAAGGUAGCGCGUCUCAGGACCAUGGAUAUCAUUUCAAGGAAACAGCUUCAGCGAAUAAUUACGACCACGUGGCAUCAUAUUCUCAGAUGGCAAACCCGAGUGGAGACACAGAGGAUGCACUGUUUAUGUACUACCUGGACGAAGUCUUUUACAUCCAGUAUCCGUUUUUUCAUUGCCAAAAGAAACAAGGAAGAGGUUGGCUCUUUGCGAUCCUUCGAAGAGUCAAGUCGACAUACCAUGCAGCUUUAGCUCUGAGCGAACGCCAACUUCUUUCAAGCUCCUCACCGCAAAAUAGUGACAUUGCUAGUAGCCUGAUUCAACUACGCGCCCAAAACAGUCACUACGACAAAGCCAUUCAAGAGAUGCAGGUGAUGAUAAAUGAUCAAAACGCAUCGAAAGGGCGUGACCUCUUGCUUGGUAGCAUAGAAGUCCUCAUGUCUAUACUGCAGCUCUUGUUCUUUGAGGUAGGCAAGCAAUGA